AUGUACGAAUGCUUCGAUAAUGGUAUCUUCUUACUAUUCCUACCGGCACACGCCUCACACGUCCUCCAGCCUCUCGACGUAUCGUGUUUUUCACCUAUUAAGGCUGCCUACCGCCGGGCUAUUGAAGCUAUUGCGUUUUUAGCUGGUAGUAACGAUACAACGCCAAUCGGCAAGGCUACCUUUUUGCAAUGCUAUUACAAGGCCCGUACGGAAGGUCUUACGGAACGGAAUAUUAAGGGAGGCUGGAAGGGAUCUGGGUUGUGGCCCGUUAAUAUAGCAAAGCCUCUAAUGAGCCGCCUUCUAUUACAGACCGACCCUCCAGCCGUUCCAGAAGCCGAGGCCCUAAAAAGGCAGCUUGAGGAGGAAUCCGAUUUAUUCCGAACACCCUACAGAUCGUACGACGUUAAAGUCCUUAUUGCAAAGGUAUACGCGCCCGGCCAAGUUGAUCGGGCUGCUAGGCGGCUGUUUUGGAAGAUUGGCCGGGGCCUUGAUGCCCAAAACACUACCCUUGCAGAGGCCCAGGCUAAAAUCGCUCAAUUGGAAUAUCAAGUCUAUCGACUUAAGCCUCUAAAGAAGCAAAAAGUAGCCCAAGAUCCCAACGAGCGCUUUGCACAGAUUGAACAGAUCGUUGAGACUCGAGCAAGACUGCAACGGGUGCUAGAUCCGGCCCCAAUAGCCGCCUUAACGUCUAGUUACGAAUUUGAGAGCCUUUGCUUUGAAUGGCAGCUUGAAUAG